AUGGCCAGGUACACGGCAUCCUUUGCCUUUUUCGAGGCGCUCUGGGAGUAUGGCGUAAGCCAUGUCUUUGUCAACCUCGGGUCCGACCAUCCCUCCAUCAUCGAGGCCAUUGUCAAGGGCCAGAAUGAGAAAAUGGGCGAAUUCCCCAAGAUUGUCACGUGCCCCAAUGAGAUGGUCGCUCUGUCCAUGGCCGAUGGAUAUGCCCGACUGACAGGCAAACCACAAUGUGUUAUCGUGCACGUCGACGUCGGUACCCAAGGCCUCGGAGCCGCCGUUCACAAUGCCUCGUGCGGGCGCGCCCCCGUGCUCAUCUUCGCCGGCCUGUCGCCCUUCACCAUCGAGGGCGAGAUGCGUGGAAGCAGAACAGAGUAUAUUCAUUGGAUACAGGACGUCCCAGACCAGAAGCAGAUUGUCGAGCAGUACUGCAGAUACACAGGCGAGAUCAAGUCGGGCAAGAACGUCAAGCAAAUGGUAAACCGAGCCCUGUCCUUUGCCAUGAGUGACCCCAAAGGCCCCGUCUAUCUCUAUGGUGCGCGCGAGCCCAUGGAAGAGGACUUGACGCCAUACAAACUGCAGAUGGACUACUGGCAACCCGUCGAGCCUGCCGCGCUUCCUCCCAAGGGCGUCAAAAACAUUGCUGAGGCGCUAGUUAAUGCCGAAGAGCCAUUGAUCGUGACUGGCUACUCGGGAAGAAACCACGAUGCUGUGCAAGAACUCGUUCGGAUGGCCGACAAUGUCAAAGGCUUACGUGUGCUCGAUACAGGCGGCAGCGACAUGUGCUUUCCAGCAAAUCACCCAGCGUGGCUAGGCUUGCGCUACGGCAAUGAUCCUGCCAUCAAGUCAGCUGAUGUUAUUCUGGUCCUUGACUGCGAUGUACCGUGGAUCAACACCCAGUGCCAUCCAAAAGAGAAUGCCAGAAUUUUUCAUGUCGACGUCGACCCUCUCAAACAGCAAAUGCCAGUCUUUUAUCUCAACGCCAUACAGCGCUACCGAGCCGACUCCUACACGUCGCUCAGCCAGUUGAAUGAGUACCUGGAGACUGCUCUUAAAGAGAAGAUCUCUAGUCAGCUCUUCAGUCAGCGAUGGUCAGCCUUGCAAGAAUCACACAAGAAGAAACUACAAGUCAUUGCCAGCGAAGCCAAGGUCGACGACAACGGCCAUUUUGGUACAGCAUACCUCUGCUCCCAGCUGAAGAAACUGUGCCCCAGUGAUACAAUCUGGGCAAUUGAGGCUGUCACUCAGACCGGCUUUGUCGCGGAUCAGAUACAGGCAACCUUCCCCGGCUCAUGGAUAAACUGCGGUGGCGGAGGCCUUGGCUGGUCUGGAGGAGGUGCCCUGGGUAUCAAACUCGCCACUGACACCGAAGGCAAGAAACAGUUUGUAUGUCAGAUUGUAGGAGACGGUACCUAUCUCUUUUCUGUGCCUGGAUCCGUCUACUGGAUCUCAAAGCGCUACAAGAUCCCUAUUCUUACCAUUGUACUCAACAACAAGGGCUGGAACGCUCCACGACGCUCCAUGCUGCUCGUUCAUCCAGAUGGAGAAGGGUCCAAGGUCAGCAAUGAAGAACUCAAUAUUAGUUUUGCACCUACGCCAGACUAUUCUGGUAUUGCCAAGGCUGCGAGCGGAGGUGAGAUCUGGGCUGCACACGCAAGCACCGCUGAUGAUCUCGGCAAACUCUUGCCGGAAGCUAUCAAGUCGGUGUUGAGCGGUACUUCAGCAGUACUGGAUGCCCAUCUCGAGGGACCAGAAGGAAAGUAUGGAGGUAGUAAGGGUCGCUUGGGCUGAGCAAACCCUUGUUUUACGGCAUAUUCAUGCUCAACAAUGCCAUAGACUCAUGAAAUGUAUAUCAAGAAGAGAAGAUAGAUAUAGGCGCGAGGAUGUGCAUUGUCAACAUAGAAGCUUCAAUCAACGUGUCAAUGUGCCAUGCCCGUGGAUAAUACAAUCGACUGACUAGC